AUGUUACAAAUGGAGAAAGAACUAAAUGAACUUCUUGUGAGGAAAGAACAAGAAUGGAAAGAGCUACAAGCUCGCCAUCUCUGUUUUCAGAAGACAACAUUGCAGGAUACCAGAAAGCAGCUCCAAGAAAUGCAUAAAAAAUUCAAUAGGUUAAAAGAAGAUUUCACCUAUAAUCUGAAAAUUCUGGAAGAGAGAGACAGAGAACUGGAGCGCUAUGAUGCCAUGUUUACUCAUUUGAAAAUGGCUGAAAAUGCUAAACAGGCAGAAGUUAGCGAUCUUAGGAUACAGCUGGAUAAGCUGCAACAAACACUUCUCAAGGAAACCCAGAAACAAGAGGCUCUGCAGUACCAAUAUCAACAAAAACUUAAAGAACAUCAGUUAGAGAUGGAGCGGCUGCACAGUUCUAAGGUUUCUGACAUUGACCAUCACUGUGAGGAGUAUAAGAAGCUGAAACAGCAGUUGGAGAGAAAACUCCAAGAAGUGGAAGGAGAGCUUGCUUUGCAGAAACAGGAGCUGCUAGUGGAAUUUGAUGCAGAAAUUAAAAAGAGAGAACAUGCAUUCAGACGGCAGGCAGAUGAAAUGAGUAAUUUAGUUCUUUCUCAUGAACUGAAGGUGAAGUUGUUGACCAGAGAACUGGAGGCUCUGAAAGAGGCUGGGAUGAAAGCAGCAGAAUCAUUGCAAAUAGCAGAAACUACUAAUUUGAAGUUGGAGAAAGAGGCCAAAUGCAAGGACUGGGAACUUCAAGAUCUUGCAGCUGUGAAAGAUGCUCAGAUACAGGAUUUAGAAUGUAAACUUCAUUUAGUAUACCAGACCUGGCAAAAAGAAGAGGAAACAUUUCAGAGAAAACAUGAGGUGCUAGAUCGUUUUGCCAAGGAAAAGGAUGCAGUACUGGCUUCAGUGAAAGAAGUCCAUGCUGAGCAAAUACAGAAGUGGGAAAAUCAGAUAAGAGAACUGCAAAUAAGUCAUGAAACUCUGGAAAUGGAGCUGCGUAGAAGGGAAUGGAAGCAUGCAGAUUGUUUGAAAGAGAAAGACACUGUUAUUGAAAAGCUUCAAGGAGAGCUAACAACACUGAAAACAAGCUGGGAUUCUCAUCUAGCUCAGAUCUCCAAAGAGACUGUUUCUAAAGACCUUCAAAUUCAGUCAUUGCAUGAGGAGGAGGUGAAGCUGAGGGCAGAAUUGGCCAGAUUCCAGCAGGAUAUAGAAAGGUAUAAGCAGCAACUGUCUCUGGCAGCAGAACGAGAGCAGAUUCUGGAACGGGCUAAAGUGCAAGCAGAACUGGACUGGCAGCGGCGCUGUGAAAAUGCUGAAAGAAAUCAAUAUCAGAAAUCAGAGGAUCUAAUACAGAGCCUGUCAACAGCAAGGGACCAGGUUACAGCUCAGCUACAAGAGAAGGAACAGAAGCUGUGUGAAAUGGAAACAGUCCUGUCUGCUUUGACCUUUGAAAGAGACCAAGCAGUGCAGGCACUUCAGAAACAUGGUAUAUUGCCUGAAGGAGAGAAACAGAUGUUUCUAGGUGGUGAUAAAGGAGUUCUUGGAAAAGAUUUUCAUGCCACAGAGAUCCAAAGAUUAAAGGAACAGAACACCAGCCUGCGGGCUGCUAUUGCAGAAAUGAGGAAAGAAAUGGAGACUCUCAGUGAUCAGACACCAUCCUCGUUCCCCAGGAAAGAAAAUAUACAAUAUACACAGCAAACUGCCACUGAUGCUAAGGCUGCUACAGUCAUAUUUACUCCUGAUUAUGUUCAAUCCCUGGAAGAGGAAAUAAGAAAGUUAAAGCAUAAAUACUGGAUAAUGGAAGAGCAACUAGAAAAGGCAUCUAAAUUUUCCAGAAAAUCAUCUGCUCCAUCCCAUGACCCAUCCAGCACUCAGCACCACUCAGCUCCACCCAUCACUCAGCUCCACACCCACAAUUUCCGGGAAACUAAUGGUGCAUUUUGUGCUCAUGAAGUUUUCUCUGGAGCUCCUUUGAAGAAGCUGGAAGCCAGAACAGCACACUUGGACUCCAUGGUAACACAGCACAUACAAAAGGAGCUCCAGUAUGCACAGCGACAACGUUUCUCAAGAUUGACUUCUAUGAUUACGUUUCCUAGCUCAAUAGAGAGCUUAAGUGGUGGAAAUGUUCCAAGUAGCGGUGGUGAGGGAGCGGAACUACCUGAGAUUCAGGUUCAACUGGAAUCUUCUGUUAGAAAUUGCAGUCCAGGGCAACAAAAGGAAUGUACAUCCUCAGAAACAAGCCAAUCACAGCAACUCAGUAGGGAGAGCACUAGCCAAUCCCAACAGGCCUGGAUGUCAUCAUCUGGAGUACACAGCUCCCUCCAGGAUAUUUGGCAGAUUCUAGAUAUGGGAUCAAGCCCUUCUAUUCUCAGCCCUCAAAGCAACAUAGAUCAAGUAGAGUUCAAAGCUACCCACACAGCCAAGAAGUUUGAAGAGUCUCAGCAAAAUAUCGAAACUGGGGAUCGAGAAAGAGCACCAGCUGCUGACUUGACAGUCAAAGGAACCAACAUUGAAGUUCAACCAAAGUUAAUAGCCAACAAAUCAUCUCGGACUCACCCCAUAAAGUCAAAAAUCUCCCACCAAAUGCAAAAAAUCCGGAACUACAAUGUUAAACAUUGAUUUCUUUGACAGUUAAGAGCCUAAGAUGGAAGAAAGACUUACUGAAUCACCUGCACUUCUUCCUGCAACACAUAGGUGCCCAAAUUCUGUCUCUAGACAACCCUGCUCAGUUUGAGAUCUGAAAGGAACACAGUACAAAGUUGUACAGCGUGGCUGUAGGCAGCUAAAGAAUAACUGGAAAAAAUUGUUC